UUUGGUAUCAAUCAAAACCGGUCAGUCUCAUUUCGCAUUUCGGAUCGUGCAGCCUACUUGUGACAUAAUUGAAAUCAAUGUCGUUUUUCAAGAUUUGCAUUUUAUUAGCAGCGUUCUCGCUUAGCCUCGCCGAAAUUGUAGAUUUCAAGAAGUGCGGUGAUGUUGACGCCUGCACCAUACAAGAGGUACGCGUCGAUCCUUGUCCACAGGCUAGCGAACAUUUGGCAUGUCAUAUACGUCGCCGCCGUCCGGCCACUAUGUCCUUCGACUUUACGCCCAAUUUCGUUGCGGAGACGUUGGAAGCCAGUUUGUCGUGGCAAAAGAGUGCCACACAAGACCUACCGUUGAUCACGAUGGAUAAGGAAGCAUGCAAGUAUACACCGUGUCCGACUGUGGCCAAUCAACGUCAAACCUACACGAUAGAUGUGCCAAUCGAAAGUAAAUUCCCGCUUAAUCCCUACACAAUCAAAUGGACACUGAAAGCGCCAACGGGUCAGGUGUGCUGUUUUACCAUCGAUAUUAAGGUGGUGCGUUAAAUGAAAUGAAAUGAAAUGACGAUGGCGUAUGGCGGCGAGAUUGACGAUUUUAAUUAUUGUAUUUGUGAAAAAAGUCUUACCUUGAUGUUGUUGUAUUUUUUGUGUGUAAACGCCUUGAAUUAAAUAAAUCUCAUAAAUUUUGAUGUCGGCUUAAUUUAUGUUAAUUAUUAAGAGAUUUUGACUUAGAAGUUGUGAGAGAAAUUGUGAACACAUUAAGAAUUUCGGUGGAGUUAAGUAAAAAGC